GAGAGAGAGAGAGAGAGAGAGAGAGAGAGAGGAGUGUGUCCCAUAUGUGGAAAAAACAUAGCCCUGCACACACGUACACGGGAGCGCGGGGAUUAUCUAACUGGUUCUGAAUCUGAUGAAGAAAUGCAGGCAUGAGGAGGGAAAGGAUCUGGCUCUAUAGUGUCCCAGUGCAAGCACAAGCCAGCGAUGGACUAUAGUCGGACAUACGCUAACCUGGGUUUCCCUGCAAAACUGUCACCUUAAACCAGUCAAGGUCCGCAGAAUGCUGAGUCCCAUUGUCCCAUAUACAGGCCUGUUGAAGAUGCACUGGAACCCCGAGCAUGCCCAGCCCCUGAGCCAAUGGCCUGAGCAGCAUUUGGAUGUGUCCUCCACAACCUCCUCUCCAGCCCACAAGUCUGAGCUUUAUCCCCACCGAGGCCGUGGCUCGUAUAGCUACGCCUGGGCCAAUGAUGACAUUUCGGCCUUGACCGCCUCCAACCUGCUCAAACGCUAUGCCGAGAAAUACUCGGGUGUUUUGGACUCACCCUAUGAGCGACCAUCCAUGGGUGCAUACCCUGAGCCAGGGGCCUUUGGGGCCCUUAAUGGGAGCCAGAAGAGUGAACUAGAGCCCUGGCCUCUUACGCACAGCACUGAUGUGGCUUACCCUUUAGUACCCCCCUCAUCCCAUGACUCUCUGACUGGCCCCAAGGUCGCGCCUACAUCUGCGGGACCACCUGUGUCAGCGGUGAGCAGCAACCUUUCGGACUCGGGCUACAGCGGGAGCAGCUCCUGCAGUGGUCCAAAUUCCAGCGAGUACCCCCCCAGCUAUAAUGGCACCUACCUCUCCUCAGGCUAUUGCCCCCAAGCCGGCUCAGCACUUCCCUCUGCCCCUCUACAUGCCCUGCAGUCCACUCCCACUCUCGUGCCUAGCUACACUCCCUCUGCUCCUGUCUACAACUACCCGCCUAGCACCUAUUCCCAUCAGACGAGCCUUGCUCCAACCUACAGCCACCCUACAGCCCCUUACCUGCCUUCUGGCAUUGCUGCCCCUACCCCUAUCACCUCAAGGCCCACGGUAGUGGGGGGCAGUUAUGGCUACCAGAACAGUGGCAUGGGCAGCUCCGAGCCUGGGGGCUCCCUGAAGAGGAAGGCAUUUGAGAUGAGCCUCGAUGAAGAAGAUGGAGACAGCUCACGCUACAGGAAGUAUGGCUAUGACCCUUUGAAGUCUGCUGGUAAUUCGCCGUUUGGUGUAGGUGAUAAAGCGGAAUGUCGUGGAAAUGGCUUUGUAGAUCCCCAAGCCUUCAAGCCUAGCAAACCCUCAUCCCAGUCAGGCCUGGGGGGCGAUGAGGUGGGCAAGUACAGCACCCUGAAGCCCCUGCUUUCCCCACCCUAUGGAGCAGCAGGUGAUUACAGCCCCCCAGCAGCUAUGACAGGAGAAAAAGGAGUAGAACAUGGGUUCUCCCACAAAUGCACCCCUGAGCAGUUGAAGAGUGCAGACCAACGCCUCCUUGAGGUGGUGAAUAAUGAGUUGCAGGACUGCACUCCUGCCCCGCUGUGGACGGACCUGGCAGGCCAUGGUCGUGUCAAAGAUGCCCUUGAAGAGGACAUACUGUGGCCAGUGUUGCGCCCUGAUCCGGCUGUGCGCCCACCCAGAACUGUCCUACUGUUUGGCCCACAAGGAGGGGGCAAGACCACGCUGGCCCGCAGCAUUGCGUCGCAGCUAGGGGCUGCCUUCUAUAGGCUUAGCAGUAGCACACUAGCAUCCAAAUGGAAGGGCGAGGCAGAGCAGCUUCUAGCCACUCUGUUUUCAGUCACUGCGGCCCGUCAGCCAGCCGUGGUACUGCUAAGUGAGGUGGAAGCAAUGGCGGAGGAAGAUGGUCUCAGGCAGCAUUUACAGGCCCACCUAGAGAAGACCCAGCGUGGCCAGGGUGGCCCAAUGCUGGUGGUGUGUUCCACAAGGCGGCCAGACCUGCUGAAGGAGCCUCUCCUCCGCUGCAUGUCCAAGCGCUACCACGUGGGCGUGCCAGACUUGGGUGCACGGAGGCAGGUGCUGCUGCAGGCACUGGCGCCACAGGGCUGUGGCCUGAGCGAGAGAGAACUGGCUGUGGUGCUGCAGCGGGCAGAGGGCUUCUCUAUGUUGGAGCUGCAGCAGCUUUGCCAGCAGGCCCUGGCUUCAGCCUCAGCCUCAGCCUCUAGCCAAAUGCACAGCCUCUCUGGCCCCCUCUCCUCUUCACCGGCCUUUAAAGACUUCGAGAGCGCCUUCUGCAAGGUACGGCCACAUGGCACCCCCAAAGAACCUGACACUUGUAUGGAAUGGAGCAAGGUGUACAGCCACUGAAAGACAAGUCAGCCACUGGAUCGGGACUGCUUAAUCGUGUUUUUGGUGUUGAGGCAAGAAAAACCUCAUAAAUCUUUUUGUUUUCUUUUUCUUUUUUGUAGCUACUUACUUGCAGCCAAAAACUGGGGUUGUGUUGGGAGACUACAUUUUAUUGGUGAUGAAGCAUUUUGGAUUGAAUGCUUUUUUUGUUAGUUUUUCUUGGAAACAUGCCGUGGUGUGUUGUUUUUCUAUAAAUAUACAUAUACUUUAUUUUUUCCCCAAAGAAAUUAAAUAUUAGGCAUUUCUUGGAGGGGGGAGGCAAUUGUUAGUUGCUGGCUGAUGGUAGGAAAUCUGAAAUAUAUUUUGGAGUUUCACUAGAAUUCCAAUAAGCCUUGAUUCUUGAAUAAACCCGGAUAAUGUAUGUUUUGAGAAAUCCCCCCAUUAACUGCAAUUUUCAGAAUCCUAUUUAUUGUCUCUCCACUCCAAUGGCAUUAUAUUUUUUAUUAUGAUUUACUCUAAUUUGAUCAUUUGGUGAUAAAGGGCUUGGGGUAUAUCAGAGCAAACAGAAUGUUUUUGACCAAAAAUGAUCAAAGAAGCACCAUAUCGCUUUUUAAAUAAUAUCUGCCCUGUUGACAGCAUUUUACCAAAAGGCAACAACAUUUAUGCAACCUGUUUAAACAAACAGUAUUCUGGAAAAGAAUGAGAAGUUGUUAGACCGUGGUCAUAUUGUGUGCACUUUGUCAAAGCGCGGUCUUUUUAACAGUGUAUGCAUUGCUACCCAAAUAGUAUUAAGACGAUUUAAGAUGUAAGAAGUAAGACAAGAGAGACUGGCCCUUACUGUCUGUACAAUCUUCUCUGUACACUGUACCAAACAAACAAAGCAAAAAGCAAAUACAUCUAAUAUGGCUACCACAGAGACCACAGUGUUCUGGAGGGUAUUAAACCCAUAACCCUCUACCACGAGUUCCUGUAGUUCAUUUCACAUUCCUCAUCCAGUUUCUGAUUUCCUGCUUUGGACCCCUGGAAAAACAAAAGAACAAGAAGAAUGGGUUCCUCAAACGUCUAGUAUUCUCUUCUACUUACUCUUUUGUUUUGUUUUGUUUUUUUUUCUUAGUAUAUGUAGUCUUGUUUGAAAUACUCAGGAAGAAUUUCUUUACCUCAGAAAUGAUAAAGAAUGUAUGUAACCUUAGGGUCUUAGUAGUGAGUUAUGAGGUGUUUCAGAGGUGAGAGACAAACCUGUCACAGAUCUGUACACACACUGCAGCUGUGGUAUUACCUCAUAGGAGAAACUUGAAAAUGCUACAAAGACUAACAUUGAAUGUAAUUCAGGUAUUUCAGAGGAUAUCUGAUGCCAUAAAAAUCCACAUUUUGUAAUUCUAUAUAAAUACAUAUUUCCCUCAUCCUUUCCCUUUAUUUCUGAUGUAGAUUUCGAUGGAGUGAUGAUUGUCUUCAUGAAAUGUUAUAGUAGACGGCAGACCAAAUGCUACAUUUUGUUGGACAAACUGUUUCAAAAACCACCAUGUUCACAACUUAUUCCUUCCCUGGUGCGAGAUGAAUCUGUCUUAAUUAAUACAGGUACUUAAAGAAAUGGUUCAGUGAGAAAUCAAAUGUACACGAUUUUCCACUUAUUUCAGAUGUAGUUGAUAAGUCAAAUCACAAAACUUGGCUUCUUUAGUGUUCGAGCUACAAGGCGAACCUUGCUAACAAACACCAGACAUCAAUAUUCACCCAGAACUUUUCUGUAAAUACACUCACAAAACUCAGAAGCUCAGAAGUCAUCCAGGUCUUUACAGAUGAUCUACUGCAAACUAAGAAAAUUAACUUCACUAUGUUGCUGAACGCAGGCAAACGGACUCUAGCUUAAAGUAGUGAUUUCUGUUGUAGCUCUUUAUAAAUAUUUAUCUGUUAGAAAGUUGAAGGUUAACAGUUAUUUAUAAAAAGAAACAACUGUUACUGCAGACAUACUCUAUACUCAAUAUAUCUGUUGUCUGAAGUGGCUGCCCCCAGCAUUCAGCUACACUGGGAAGUUCACAGUACUUUGUUAUACUGUGUCCUAAACCACCUUGACAAGUCUGAAUGACCUUAAUGAAGAGCUAAAUGCAGUUUUAGAAGUUUUGUGUUUGUUUUUGUGGAAAAGAGUUGGGUGACUAUUGACUUCAUUUGCCUCGUAGCAAUAGUAAUAGUGUAAAAUGAGCAAAUUUUGGACACCGAAAUUAUAUGUUUUGGCUGAUUGCAUAGUUGAGUAAAAAAAAUAUUGUAAUUUUUUUUACCUAACUAUUCCUUUAAUACAUUUAAAAACGCACGGAUCAUGGAAAAUCAUACUGUCACUUUCAGUUACAAUGUUAACAGGAACCAACCCAAAGAUUAAUCAGAACACAUUUGUAUGCAAUUGGCAGCUAAUCAUGUCUAAUAAUCGAUUGUAAAUGUGUCUCAACAUGUAGACAAUCCAGAAGGAGCAGCUUCUACAAUGUUAGUUUCUCUAUAUUCUGGCGAUUACUGCAAUGCCACAGAUUCAGCAUUUCAAACAUCAGCAGCAUUUGUUCUGUUUGUGUUUUCAUAAAGUCAAAAAAACACAAUUACUGCACCACAAAUUUAUUCCACCAUUUUUAAAAAACUAAGUAAGCAGUUACAAGGUUUUCUUAAGGCAGAGAUGAUAUUUAGGUUCUUUAAGCUGGAUUAUCUGCACAAAAAAUGCAUUUAAUUUCCUUGAUUCAAAUGUGAACAUCAUUUGAGCACAAUUAUACAAUUAUAGCCAAAAGAAAUUAUACACACACUGAAAAACAAAAUCAUGUUGAUGUAAGAUACUUCAUUAUAUUAUAUUCAUGUGAAAAUAAAUGCAGCAAAUGAAAUGCAUAACUCAGUGUGGUGUGAUAGGGCUGUUUGGGCUUGUUUGGGUUAGACUAUGUGUUGGCUUGUUUGGAUGGCCUGUGUGAUGUAAUAGCUCCCCGCCCCACCCCUCUCGUUGGCCCCGUGUGGCUUGCUGUGCUCCCCUCCCCCGCUCCUCCAUAUCACCACAGCCUUUUGGAGUAGCCAUAUUCUCCUCUGAUGUCCGGUAACCCUAUAGCACCAUACGACCCCUCAAGCCCAGCUGCUGGGUUCAGUCAUUGCCGUGCAGGCCGGUCAAUCAGAAUGAUCCUCACAGAUCGUACUGAGCUGUGUCUACGUGACAGAAAACCACAAGGCCCAGGUGACUUAGACGCUCACCCUACACACUGUUGACCACUGGCCACUCCUAGUUAUGCUGAGAUGUUUCAUGUAAGGCUUUUGUCCCUCUUCUCAAAAAAUCAAUACAAUUCCAAUGUUGCAAACCUUUAAAACUAUUUAGGCCCAAAUAACAGUUUGUUCAACAAAAUCAGCAUUUCUUAACUGUUUUUAAUCCAUUAGUACAGUAACUUUGUUCUUGGUUAUUGUUCUUGUACAUUUUCUGUAACCAUUUCUACCUCAUUUUUUUGCGACAUAUUGUACAUGAAAGUAUUUAUUUCAUGUCUUUUUUGAUGUCUGUUUUAAAAAAUGAUAUUGUUCUUGAACUGUAAUGGUCUACCUCAGAAAAGACUGUAUUUUAUGAGAAAAGUAUCACACAAUAUUAAAGAGAAUAUGUCAAC